AAACAGGACAGCUCAUACUCCUCUCCUAAAGGGAAUUGCUUCCAUGUUCUCUCCUUCAUCGGUCUAGGGUUUUGAACUUGAACAGAAAUAUUGAACAUGCAACUUACUCUUGAAUUCGGUGGGGGGCUAGAGCUUCUGUGUAAUUCAGUGAAGAUUCACAAUGUCAACGUUGAAUCCAAAAAUGGAGCAGAAAAGUUAACCAUGAAAGAUUUACUCGCCUGGGUACGCACCAAUUUGAUCAAGGAGAGGCCAGAAAUGUUCAUGAAAGGGGAUUCUGUGAGACCUGGCGUUCUGGUUCUUGUGAAUGAUUGUGAUUGGGAGCUUAGCGGCCAGCUUGAAACCACACUGGAAGAGAAGGAUGUGAUCGUUUUUAUUUCAACCUUGCACGGUGGAUAGUUUAGUCGAUUGCUGCAGCUUUCAAAUUAUAAGCAAUUGUAGCUUGGUUUGUCAAUUUCUUUACUAAAAGAGGUUAUGAAAGCGUGUAUUAAGGCAUACAGGAAUGGUUUGAGAUUUUUGGUGGUUCUCAUGAACUUUUCCUUUUUCCUCAUCAGCAUCAUGAAUAUAUGCUUGAUUUCCAUCUGUUGUA